UUGACAAUUUGCUGUGCUGCUCCCAAGGCAGCAGUUGCUAUUGCUGUUGCUUCUGCUGCUGAUGAGGAAAUGGUCUGAAGUCUUGGGAAGGAGGAUGUGCUGGGGAUUGAUUCAUAGUAUGCCCUGAGAGUCCACAGCAAGGUGACUAAUUCCUACAGACUCUUCCCAGCCUCUGUGGGAAUCACACGCUGCACCAGGUGGUGGUAUCUGUUAGCAAAGGGAGAGGGAGAGAACAAGAGGUUGGGAGAGAGAGAGAGGGAGAGAGAAAAGAGAGAGGGAGAGAGAGGGAGGAAAUAAAAAGCCCUCCAAAUGAUGCUGGAUUUUUUUAUAUUUAUUAUUUAAGAGCUGUUGUUUUUCUGCUGCUGUUGGAGAGGAUGGAUUAACAAAGCUGUUCAACUGAUGCUGUUUGAGCUUAGCAAGUCACAGUGGACCACAUUUGACUGUCGUAAAUGUAUCUGAUGCUCAGAAGACAGAAGGCUGUGAUUGCAAUAACCUUGUUGUGCCCAUAGGUUCUGCAUACAAAAAGCUCUGUGCAGUCCAAAGGUGAUGUGAUGUGCAGAGCAGGGGACGAGCAUGCACUUGGUGACUCUGGAGUCCAGCACCAUGGGAAGCAAUGAAUGGAAAGAAUGUGUUUUGCAGCCUUGAAAGAAGUUAGCAACCCUGUGGACUGUUGCCUGGCUUGGGACUGAUUGCUCUUCCAAGGAAAUCCUCUAUCUUGGCUCGUUAGAAAAUAAGUGGAUUGCUGAAGAUAAGACCAUCAGACCAAUCCUCGCUUACUGACGUGCUAGAUUUUCUAGUUUCUUCCUUUGUGGGAUCUUAUUUUGUUUCUCUUUUGCAUUAUUGGGAUCCCUUGUCCCUGAAGUAGAAAACAAGUGGCCAUGGGUGACAUGAGUAACAGUGAUCUUUAUUCUAAGAACCAAAGAAAUGAAGUUAACCAUGCAAGUGAAUUUGGCUGCAGCCUCAUGGAGCUGCGCUCGCUCAUGGAGAUGCGAGGGACUGAGGCGGUAGUUAAAAUUAAAGAGUGCUAUGGGGACACAGAUGAUCUGUGCCGAAAGUUAAAGACAUCACCUACAGAAGGAUUGCCUGGUACACUAGUAGAUCUAGAGAAUAGACGGCAAGUUUUUGGACAAAACUUUAUACCUCCAAAGAAGCCAAAAACUUUCUUACAACUAGUCUGGGAAGCUCUACAAGAUGUGACACUGAUCAUCUUGGAAAUCGCAGCCAUUAUAUCCCUUGGGCUGUCAUUUUAUCGACCGCCUGGAGGGGACAAUGAAGACUGUGGUGGCAGUGCAGGGGCUGAAGAUGAAGGAGAAGCAGAAGCAGGCUGGAUUGAAGGAGCUGCCAUUCUUUUAUCUGUUGUGUGUGUCGUAUUUGUCACUGCUUUCAAUGACUGGAGCAAGGAGAAGCAGUUCAGAGGCCUCCAAAGUCGCAUUGAACAAGAACAAAAAUUCACUGUUGUCCGUGGAGGUCAAGUCAUUCAGAUCCCAGUGGCUGAGAUGGUGGUUGGAGAUAUUGCACAAGUUAAAUAUGGUGAUCUGCUUCCAACUGAUGGUUUAUUUAUUCAAGGAAAUGACCUCAAAAUUGAUGAAAGUUCCUUGACUGGGGAGUCUGAUCAAGUGCGCAAAUCUGUAGAUAAAGACCCAAUGCUUCUGUCUGGUACCCACGUGAUGGAGGGUUCGGGGAGAAUGCUUGUCACUGCUGUAGGUGUAAAUUCUCAGACUGGAAUCAUCUUUACGUUAUUAGGGGCAAGUGAAGCUGAUGAUGAAAAGAAGGAUAAGAAAGGUGUGAAAAAGGAGGAUGGACCAAGUCUUCCAGUCGGCUCCACCCAUCCAUCCUCUCACCCUCCUGCUGCUACAGAUGGUGCCGCAGGGGCAAACGCCAUUGAUAAUGCAAAUGCCAGCUUAGUGAAUGGCAAAAUGCAAGAUGGAAAUGUGGAAAUCAUCCAGAAUAAAGCCAAACAGCAGGAUGGCGCAGCUGCUAUGGAGAUGCAACCAUUGAAAAGUGCUGAAGGUGGAGAUGGAGAAGACAAGGACAAAAAGAGAUCAAAUCCUCAUAAGAAAGAGAAAUCUGUACUGCAGGGCAAGCUGACCAAGCUGGCCGUGCAAAUUGGGAAAGCUGGUUUGGUUAUGUCUGCAAUUACAGUAAUUAUCUUGGUCCUCUAUUUUGCUAUUGAUACAUUUGUGGUGAAUAAAAAACAAUGGCUGCCAGAGUGCACUCCUAUCUACAUCCAGUACUUUGUGAAAUUUUUUAUUAUUGGCGUGACAGUCUUGGUGGUGGCUGUACCUGAAGGACUCCCUCUCGCGGUCACAAUCUCUCUGGCUUACUCUGUCAAAAAAAUGAUGAAAGACAACAACUUAGUAAGGCACUUAGAUGCAUGUGAGACAAUGGGAAAUGCAACUGCCAUCUGUUCUGAUAAAACCGGCACACUAACCACCAACCGGAUGACCGUGGUGCAAGCUUUUUUAGGAGAUGUUCACUAUAAAGAAAUCCCAGAACCUGACGCGCUUCCAGCGAAAACCUUAGACAUUCUAGUGCACUCCAUCGGCAUUAACAGUGCAUACACAUCCAAAGUCCUGCCUUCAGAAAAAGAUGGUGGCCUUCCACGACAAGUUGGAAAUAAAACAGAAUGUGGUUUACUUGGAUUUGUCCUGGAUCUAAAGCGAGAAUACCAGACUGUGAGGCUCCAGAUCCCAGAGGAGAAGCUGUAUAAAGUCUACACCUUUAAUUCUGUCAGAAAGUCUAUGAGCACGGUCGUUAAACUUGAAGAUGGCAGCUACAGAAUGUAUAGUAAAGGUGCUUCCGAGAUCGUUCUUAAAAAGUGUUCCAAAAUCUUGAAUGGUGCAGGAGAACCACGGAUCUUCAAACCCAGAGAUCGGGAUGAGAUGGUUAAAAAAGUGAUAGAGCCCAUGGCCUGCGAUGGACUUAGGACAAUCUGUAUUGCUUACCGGGAUUUUAAUAUGAGUCCAGAACCAGACUGGGACAAUGAAAAUGAAAUUCUAUCUGACCUCACCUGUAUCGCAGUAGUUGGCAUUGAAGAUCCUGUCAGGCCAGAGGUGCCUGAAGCCAUAAGGAAGUGCCAGCGGGCUGGCAUCACAGUUCGUAUGGUGACUGGAGAUAACAUUAAUACAGCACGUGCCAUUGCCAUCAAGUGUGGAAUUUUACAUCCUGGAGAAGACUUUCUUUGCAUUGAAGGAAAGGAAUUUAACAGGAGGAUACGCAAUGAGAAAGGGGAGAUUGAACAAGAACGUAUUGAUAAGAUCUGGCCCAAGCUGCGCGUACUGGCACGCUCCUCGCCAACUGACAAGCACACGCUGGUGAAAGGUAUCAUAGACAGCACAUGCGUGGAACAGAGACAAGUCGUUGCUGUAACUGGUGAUGGUACAAAUGAUGGGCCAGCUCUGAAGAAAGCCGAUGUGGGGUUUGCUAUGGGAAUUGCUGGCACUGAUGUAGCAAAAGAAGCCUCUGACAUAAUUCUCACAGAUGAUAACUUUAGCAGCAUUGUGAAAGCUGUGAUGUGGGGUCGCAAUGUGUACGACAGUAUCUCCAAGUUUCUGCAGUUCCAGCUAACUGUGAAUGUAGUUGCUGUGAUUGUAGCAUUUACUGGGGCCUGCAUUACACAGGACUCUCCCUUGAAAGCUGUACAGAUGCUAUGGGUUAACCUAAUCAUGGACACAUUUGCCUCACUUGCACUUGCAACAGAGCCUCCUACAGAGUCUCUCCUACUAAGGAAACCCUAUGGAAGGAACAAGCCUCUGAUAUCACGGACCAUGAUGAAGAAUAUCCUUGGCCACGCGGUGUAUCAGCUUACACUUAUAUUCACUCUGCUCUUUGUUGGAGAAGAAAUAUUUAACAUUGACAGUGGCAGAAAUGCACCCCUCCAUUCUCCUCCUUCUGAACACUAUACCAUCAUCUUCAACACAUUCGUCCUGAUGCAGCUCUUCAAUGAGAUCAAUGCUCGCAAGAUCCACGGGGAGCGCAAUGUGUUUGAUGGUAUAUUCAAGAAUCCCAUCUUCGGUUUCAUUGUGUUAGGCACCUUCGCUAUCCAGAUUGUGAUUGUGCAAUUUGGUGGAAAGCCAUUCAGUUGUUCUCCUUUGCAACUUGACCAAUGGAUGUGGUGUAUAUUUCUUGGAUUUGGAGAACUGGUAUGGGGCCAGCUCAUCACCAGCAUCCCAACAAGCAGAUUGAAAUUUUUAAAGGGGGCAGGUCAUCUUACUCAAAAGGAGGAGACGCCUGAGGAGGACUUCAAUGAGGAUGUAGAAGAAAUAGACCAUGCAGAGAGAGAAUUGAGGCGUGGGCAGAUUCUCUGGUUCCGAGGACUCAACAGGAUUCAGACACAGAUCCGCGUCGUGAAGGCAUUCCGUAGCUCUCUCUAUGAAGGUUUAGAAAAACCAGACUCUCGAACUUCAAUUCACAACUUCAUGACCCAUCCAGAGUUUAAGAUCGAAGACUCCCAGCCUCAUAUCCCUCUUAUCGAUGACACAGACUUGGAGGAAGAUCCUGCCUUGAAGCAAAAUUCCAGCCAGCCCCCUUCACCUAACAAGAACAACAAUGCUAUUGACAGCGGGAUUAAUCUCACCACAGAUACAAGCAAAUCAGCUACCUCUUCCAGUCCUGGGAGCCCUAUACAUAGCUUGGAGACAUCCCUUUAGCUGGAGAUGGAAUAGCAACUGCAAAUUAUUAAUUCAUAAUAAUGAAAAUAAUACCUGUCUGGCUCAAAUAAGAUGUUUAAACUCUUGGAGGCCAGCAAUAGAAGAUCCUGGUUCAGGCAGUUCUGGAAAUGAGAAUGUGGCGUUUCUUUUUUCAAAAUGGCCUCCAUGCCACUCCUUCCUGGAAUAAAAAAAUUAAAUUAAAAAAAAAUACAACAACAAAAACAUAACAAGCUAUGAAAAAGACACUAACCAACCAUGUUCCUGCAUGAAUGUACACUUACAACCCCUUCUCUAUACUGGUUUUAUCAUUUUAUUUUUUACAUAUGCUUCUGGGGGUUUUCAUAGAUGGGACUGACUAAAAAGCAAAAAAACAUUUCCCCAGUCAACAGUAUUUAUCUGAUUAACUGAUAAAUGAGCCAUGGAACUGCUAAAGGCUAAGUCGUCAUGCUCAAAAUUCUUUAUAGUGAAUUACUAUUUUUAUUUUUUUUCAUUUUUGAAGUUGCAAAGCUCAACUUGCACAGUGGAUUUGCACCAAUAAGGACAGAUGAACUUAAGCAUAUAUGAAAGAUUAUAUAAGAGAGAAAUGUAUGUAUGUGCGUGUGUAUAUAUGUAUAAAUCCCUUCAUGUUACUCCUAGGAGAAAUGUGUAUAUUGGCAUAUCUUCACAAAUAGUGGACCAACAGUCCACUUAUCCACCGGUAAAUGCAUUUUUAGCCUCUAACUUUAACUAUGAAACAAAACAAUCUGUGUACAAACCCUUUAUGCAUGCAUGUGAGAAGGGAAAUAUGCUCUUCCCUUAAGACAAAUUACAUGGAGGUAAAAAAAGAUAAAAAAAAAAAAUAAGAAAAAAAUAAGAAAAUUAUAACUUACUGCAAGCAGGGUGCACGAAAAGGUAAUGUUUAUUUAUGUCUACCACUUGUAGUGGAAAAAAAUGCACAAAGCAGCAUUGGUGGAAUUUUACGUAUCUACACAAAAGAAAUCCAUGAUGAAGAUGUACAUUAAAUUAAUUUCCAUCGUUAGAACUUGAAGGGGGGUGGGGCUGGAAGAACAGGAUGGACUUUCCUUAACCUAACCAGCCAAGUAAUUUCUUCACCAGAGGAUCCCAAUUUUGGCAAAAUGGCACAGCUGCCAUAGAAAUUUAUCUGGCAUGGUUGCCAAAAAAUAUGACAAAAUUGUAAAAACAAAAACAAAAAAUUGUUUUUACUUUUAUUUUAUUUUUUCCCCGUAAGGGGUUACAAAGCAAUAAUUUCCUGUGUGUUUGGCCAUCAAAGUUAUUACAUGACUUGUACUGGCCCUCUUCUUUAACAUGCUGUUUAAUUGCUUAUGUACUGAACGGUUGUUUAUUAAGUACAUUUUCUUGAAAAAUCAUAUAGAACACACUCAAAGAAAAAAAAAAUAUACUUUGGCAUGUUGCCUUGUUUCAGUUUCAGAUGUUUCUUUUAGAUGCUUUUGUCCUAAGAGAUGAAUGUAACUUGUUUACAAUCCUUAUAAAACACAGAGACAUUAAGAAAAAUGGUGUGUGAGAAAAAUUACUUGAGGGCAACUAAAUGAAUCACGUGACGAUUUGAGCUUGAUGUGCUCAACAUUUGUGUUUAUAGCAGAAGUCACUGGAUCAUAAGAUCUGAUAUAAUUGAGCAUUUAGACAAAAGUUCACUAAAUACUGUACUAUAUUUAUUUAUGGCUCAAAAAGUAUUGGCUAAGAUAAUAAAUUAGACCCUCAUCAGUAAAUCUGCAAAGUAAAUUCAGCUAACUAGCUUUAACACAUUGAAGCACUUUGUCGGAUUUACAGAAGUUAAUUAUUUGUGUUUGGAAAAUCAUAAUGUUGAAUACAUAGCAUUAUACAUUAUUUACUGCAAUUAAUUUAUUUUAAAAUAUGUAGAUAUGCAUAUUCAUAUGCUUGGAGAUUGCAUGAACACAUGAAUUUGUGCUAGCGUACAUCAUAUUUUUCUCUGGCAACUAUCCAAUCAUCCCAAGUACAACACCAAAUAUUUUUCAGCAUGUUCAGCCUUGUAAUUAUAUAUAACCUAUUUGUGAUCUUAUAUCAAACAACCCCCUAUAAACUCUAUAUUUUGGUAUAUGCGUGUUAUUGGGUACAUUUAAGUACAAUUUAUGAAUAGCUUUCAAAAAUUAAAAAAAUUACUUGUAUUUUAUUUAGUUUGAUCUUUUCUUAGGGAUUAGAACAUUGACACCAGAAGCAUUAUUUCAUGUAAAAAGUGUCCAUAGGCCAAUGAUGACUAAUAUAUUGGCCUGAUUUUUGUAGACUACUCCUUUUUUCACUAUGGGGGAAGAAAAGUCCACAAGAUUUGGAGAGCUAAAGUUAGCCGUCACUUAGCUAGGGAUGGAACUGUAUACUUUGAAUAGCCUUUCUUUGAAUGCAUCCAUAUGCAUGACGUUGAAUUGGACCUAAAGGGAUUAUGUGGUAAUCAUUGUUAAGGACCCAUUUAAAGGUUUUAUAACCUUCUCCAGUUAAGACUAGACUAACUACAAUUGACAAAAUAUGUAUUCUUGAAGCUAGGGAAAUGUACAAUGCUUAACCAAGACAAAUGCAAAUUCGCUCAAUGAAAUUUUGUUUUGACCGGUAGACAGAAGACAGGUCCUCUAUAAUGUAGAGACACCUGUAGGAAAGUGCCUGUGUUUUGUAAAGGGAUACCCAGCCGUUUUUUUCCACAAUGUAUUAUGUCAUACAGUUACAUUGAUUGCAGAUCUUGCUGUAACUGAUGUUAAAAGAAAUGUAUAGAGCCACAAUAUAUACUUCAGAAGAGUUAAUCUAUGUAAGGACCAAACAAAUGAUUUAUGGAUAAGCAAGUAAAUCUUUAAUGACACUAUGAGACAGUGUUAGAUUUCCAAACUUAACUUGUGCAGUUAUAUAGACGUUACUCCUUUCUUGAGAGACACUCAAUUAAGUGAUGCAGCCCAGGAGCCUCAAAUUACCAUGUCCUCAAUUUGCAAAGCAAUAGUGGCACUAGUUUUCCCUAAAUAUAUUUUACUACAAAGUGUCCUGUAGGCAAAAUUAAGGCAGUGGCAAAGGUUUGUAUUAAGUUCAUAGAUUUAAAUUCAGAUUUAUAAAAUUAUUGUACCAUCUAUUGUGAAAUGUUCUAUGCUAUAAACGGUAAAAACGAAUUAUGCCCUUUAAUAAUAUGUAAUAAUUCAUAAUAGAAAAAAGGCCU